CCCGUUGGUUUGUGGUGUAAAAACGGCCAUUGUUGAUUUUUUGACAAGGAAAGAAAAGGAAAGGUUCCUGUGAAAAAUCACCAAAAGUCUGGAUUGCAAGAAUAAAAGCAGAAAAAUACAUUUUAGAAAAAUUCUAAUUGCUCCAUUAACUUGUACACAACCAAUUGUAAACUCAUUCUAACAAAUUGUUUAUAUUUAUAAAAUCAUAAUCAACCAACUAAAUGUAGUGUUAGCUGCAAAAGUUAUUUAUUUUUUUAUUUGUAAAUGGGAAAAGAAAAGAAAGAGUUUCGUUAUAUUAAAAAUAAUGUGCGACGUGUGUGCUGAUUUUUUGCAUCUCCUGGAGACAUAUGAGGCGAGAAUCACCAGCAAUGAAGCAAAGCAUACCGCCCUACUUAAAAAUGAGAUUGAAAUCGCUUUUGGUUACAUACAAGCAUGGCCCCAAAGGCAAUGCAUGUGUCUCUACAGAGAUAUUAAAAACUUUGAGAGAUUCAAUCUGAUAGUCCAGUCAAUGAUAUGUCUGGCCUUGCACUAUUUGAAAAAUUCCCACAAGCUUAUCGAAGAAUACAAGAUAAUGGCCGCUGCCAAUAUCUUCAGUACUUUGAUAAAGCCAAUGUCAAAUGACGAUGCAGAUCAGAAAGGACCACGUGGCGAUUCGAAAGAUGAUACAUCGGGACCAGAUAAGAAAAUAGGUCCUUUAUCGGUGGAGGAAGAGUUACAGCGCAUAGUGUACACUGAGGAAAAAUGGAUUCUACCAGAAGUGGAGAAACUUUUGAUUUUGGUAUCGAAGGCAUUUCUCCUGAACUUUCCUCUCUAUAUUGCCUACAAGCAUGGCACCCAUUCACGCCUUGAUGAGAUUUCGUCCGAAGAAGCUGCGCAUUUGAGUAUUGUGUGUGAUUUGCAUGACAAUGAAAUCCCAGUGUAUUUGCUGCGCAAUAUCAGCUUGUUCUGCAAUUCUGGCGGAUUUUCGGCAAUGAUGUCGGCCUUCGACCAUCCCGACUUGCCAGUUACAACAGCACAUGCCAUAACAGCAACUGUCUCGAAUAUUAAACUAUGGCUCAACUAUCGAUGCAUCAUUCAAUUGUUUGUUCCAUUGCGAAGUAAGGUUUUGCAGUAUAUGUGUCACUUGUCCGACCAGAAUCUACGAUCGGCAGCUACUCGUUCGAUGGCAGAUUUUGUUUGGUCUGCAGUAAGAGAUCCACUUGAUUCGUCGGUUAACUUCGAUAUCGAAGGUUUGGCUCUGGCUUUUAAAUAUUUCAACUCCACUACUUUGACAAUGCGGCUUGCUGGUAUGGCACAAAUAAAUGCACACAUCAAUCUCUUCAAUGAAAUCUGCACAACCGAGACAGUCGGCGAAGUUGAACUUGUUGGCCAAAAACUCGGCGACUGGCUGACGGAAAACCAAAUCAUAGAACACUUAUUUGGUCCGAACUUGCAUGUUGAAGUAAUUAAGCAAGCCCACGUGGUGUUGAAUUUUCUUGCAGUUGAAAACCAAAUCACAGAAGAACACAUAAAUCUGAUAUGGCAAGCGGCACAGUUAAAGCAUUGCUCAAAGCCCAUUUAUGACAUACUUCCUUCGCUGGUAAAAAAUCUUUCGCCACGACCGGCCUUGCAUUUGUAUUCGCUUCUUUGUCGUUUGGAUCCAAAAGAGCAUACUGAACAAAGUAUUUACAUUGCAUCAGCUUUAACCAAAUUGAUUUGGUCGCGAGAUGGUGGUCGUUCGCAAAUUGAGUUGGUUCCGGAAAAUAUUCUUGCUGCUAAUGUGACUGCAUCGAGUUCGGAUAGUGGUAGCAUGGAUGGAAGUAAUACUGAUGAAGAUCAGCAAGAUGAUAGUAGUUCAACUAGCCGCAAAAGUCCUAUUGAUAUUGAAAAUGGUGGAUCAGAUUCUGGUGCACCUCCGCCAUGUAAACAAGCUCGAAGAAAACGACAUGUUUGUGACCCCACUGAAGUUUUUACUUAUUUCUAUUCACUCCUAGAAACGGCCAAAUCAAAGGGCGAGGAUAUAACUGCUCUUAAAGCCAAAACUGAUCUUGUAUUGCAAAAUCAUAGAAUGGUUAACAUUGUUGACAAUUCUAGUAGCGAAGAAGAACUUCAUCAGCCUUCGGUUAUACCGAUUCGCAAAAAGACACGAAAGCGAAGGAAAAACAACAAUCUUCCAUUGAGUCGUUUGGCCCAUGAGCUAGUGGAAACUAUCUGGGAAGGAGAAUCACAUAGCGAAGGAGAAGUAAUAAACGACAGCGAUUGCAGUGAUAAUCCAGUUCCGGCUGCUGUGCUUAAGCAUUUGCAAGGAGAAGGUCCGUAUAUAAGAGCAAUUGGUGAAGCACACAUAAGCGAACUUCUUAGUGGUGUAGAAAACGACGGAAGCUAUUCAUCCCCGAUGAGCAACAAGUCCGAGAAGAAUCUGGCCGACUUUGACGAUGAUGAAUCUCCAUGCGAGGAAGAACUUGCCCAGCUUGUGAGCCGAACACACAGUUGCAUGCCAGGCUUUGCUUUGCCUUCCAUUGCAAUGCGAGAGUCAUCUGUGUCAGGAGAAUCAAUAAAGGCUGCCCAACCGGGUGGCUCGAGUGCUAAGAGUUUACAUGCUAAACCAGAAGAGACAACUGUAGUCGAGCCAAAGGAGGUGCAACCAACCUUUACAAUAAAUGAUGUUUGCCUCCCAGGAAACACUCUUCUGUGGGAUUUAUUACAAGAUGAUAAAAUUGGCCAAUUGGGAGAAUCUCUUGCACUGGACGCUGAAAAGGCUCUGGCAACAUUAUUAUGUUUCAGUACAGACAGAUUGUUACGUACAAAAUUUAUCGAAGGCUGCCUACAUAAUUUAGCAAACAACAAAAGUGUCAUUGUUAGUUUGAAACUACUGCCAAAGCUCUUUGCUUCAUUUCAACAAUUCCGAGCUGCUGACACACACCAAGUUACUAUGUGGGCCGAGCGACAGCAUAAAAUGAUGUAUCACUUCUUCAAUAACAUUAAAGCAUAUGCAAGGGCAUUUAAUAUGGGAAGUGAUUGUAUGCUUGUGCUUAAUUCAAAUGGAUCUCCAAUGUACUCGCACAAAACUCAAGUCUCGGUAAGGUUGCAUUUUCUUUCCUCGGUUUUCAGUUCGUUAGGAUCUCCGAAAAACUUUAGAUUGAGCCUCGAACAAGUUGAUGCUCUCUGGGAGUGGUUAGCACAUGACCCGGAAUGCUGUGAUUGUUAUUUUUCGUGGCUUCAAAGUCAAGCCAAAGGUGGUGAUCAGCAUGCACUAGGAAUUGAGGCUUUGCAGCACUUGUAUUUGAAAAAACUACCCGAAUUGAGGCCGGAGGAAUUUUCAAUGGUUGCAUUAAUGUUGUUUCAACAAUUAUGUAGUCUGGCGAGACUUGCCAUCGCUCACUACGAAAAACAAAUGGAAUCGGUGUCGACAACGUCAUCCAAUAUUGUUGGAAUGUUUCAUCUUUGGAAAAUCGCCUUACGAGCCCACAACACUGAAGUGUCACUAGCAGCUAUCCAGUAUAUAAACAUGUACUACAUGGGUCAACAGUUAAGACUAGAGAAGGAGUUUGUUUCCCAGUGCAUGGACCAUUUGGUUCAGGCUUCAAGUGGUCUAAGAGGUUGUGAAGAAGAGUACGCCUUAAUGUGUGUUCAACGGGGUUUAAUGCUUUUGAACACACAUCUGGAGACCUUUCGUCGGAGAUACGCGUUUCAUUUGAGGCGUUGGGCCAUCGAAGGCAAAGGAAUCGGGUCACAUAGUAAUCUUAAGAAUGAGGGAACAGGGCCAUCUAUACGAAUAGUUCUUCAACCAGCCGGACUGUCCGAGAAAUCACUGUUACAUAUGCAUUCCUGUGACUUAAUAGCAGAACUUAAGGCUGAGAUUUCGAAAUGGUGGGAAAAUCUACAAGGUGGUGCACGUGCAUCUGGGGUAACAGCUCCUGUGCUGGGGCUGCUAUUGAGCGAAGGCCCACUUAGAAUUAUAACCCAGGGGCAAGAAUUGACAUCAGAGUAUGACGAGCGGAGUUUGGGCGACGUUGGCUUUAAAGAUAAUCAGAUUGUCUAUGUGUCACUGGGUGGAAGAGGUGCUCGUCGCAAGGAACCAUUAGAUCAUCCAACACUGCAACCACCUCCGCCCAAAGAAUGCUUGCCCACAGUUCUUUUACUGCAACCAAAGUACUUUGAGAAACUGUUUCGGUUAAUGCAAACACUUGGCGAUAUGGAAAUCCAAGGGAAUAACAACAUUCAGACCCACACUAAGGCCCAGUUGUUGUCACGUCGGGUGUGGGAUAUCUUGGCAAUCCUUCCGACGAAUCCUAACAUCCUAGAAUCAUUUCAAAAUCUCAGUGUGGAUCUGUUCGAGUGCGAAACAGCGGAUAAUUUAGAAGAACGGAAGUUCCGGAAGGACGCCAUUAAGAGAAAAUUGGCUGAACUGUUACACCCCGGAAAUUUGCAAAAGUUUAUGUACUCUCUGCAUAUAGUAGAGAGUUUAGCCCUGAGUAAUUUUAGCUCAACUUCAAAUAAUUGCUGUAAUGGAGACUUUCACGGCUCAAAACCAAUAAGUAUAAACCGUCUGUUUAGCACAUCGUCAUCAUCUUCGUCCAAAAGCAACUCAAGUCAGUCACCGCGCAAAAGUAGUCGCCGUAGGAAAGUCAGCCCGGGAGAAAGUUCGGAAAGUGGUGGUGGUGGUGGAGACGCUAAUAUAAGUGAUGAGAAGUCGGCACACCCCGAAAACAAUGCAAAUGCUCCUGAGCAGGAGGCGAUUGCGAAUCAAGAGAACUCAGAGAUGGAAGCCGAUGUGAAGAAAAAAACAGAAGAGAAAAAUGAAACGGAGUUGCCACCUGAAGAAGAGGAGGACUAUCCAACAACACCGAAUCCUCCAUCACCAGUCGCCUACGACCUUAAGUGGAAUGAGGUGUUUAUCAAGUGCGGAGGCUUACAGCAUUUGUAUGACAUAUUUGUAAGCGGAAUGUUACAGAAUGGUCAUCAUGACAACAUAAACGAAUGGCGCCAUGACUGCCUCGCUAGCUUGCUAAGAAUCAUAUGGCUCCUGGGCUUUGAGGAGCACCGAUCGGAGGAUAUUCCAGUGGCGAUUUCAAAGCCUCACACCUUCAUGCUCGAAAUGAUGGAGGUGGAUUCAUGUCUAAAGCGACUGGCUUCGAUAUUGAACGAUGAAGCUCACACGCACUUCACUAACCAGUUACACAUACGGACUGGUUUUUGGGGCCGGGCACAGGUGGUACAGUACACAAUGAAUAUAAUGGUUAGUUUUGUGCAUUCGUCGGAAAACGCACGCAUUGCAUUGUGGAAUGCUCCCGAAUACUGCGGCUGGGUUCGAAAGUUCAUUCUAGAAGAUCCAGAACCAUCGGUGAGGCGUGAAAUAUGCGCUGGUUUGUAUCGAAUUUGCUUGGGAAAUUCUCAAAGCUAUCAGGAGUUAUUGGCUCCUCUGCUACAAAAAUUGAUCUCAUUUCUUCCUGUUGCCGAAAAAAUGACUUGUUUCCAACAGUCCCACACUCAUUUCGUAUCAGACGAUGGUAAAGAGCCCUAUGGGCCAGCAUGUCGUGACUACUUUUGGUUAUUGGCAAGACUGGUUGAUACACUAACUCCAGAAAUGGUUAAGGUAUCUCUGGAUGAACCUAACUCUAGCGCAAUAGACAUCGAAGGGUUGUGCCACACAGUCUCGAAGAGUAUUCUUAGCCGAGACUUUUAUGAGACGAGACAUGGAUAUCAGGACGAUGGAUUGGUUGGCCUAAUAAACUUAAUGACAAAUCUUGUGAAAUAUGAUCCUCCUUUCAAGUUUAGCUCGAAUGCUCUUUGUUUUAUUGAGAAGAUUUUUGAAUUUCUGUUUGAUAUGCCAUCGCCCGCCAAUCGUCAGAAACCAAAGUGCAAAUCACCAACAUCACGGGCUGCAGCUUACGAUUUGCUUGUGGAGUUGAGCAAAAACUGUGCGAAUAACUACUCUCUCUUACACGGUAAGCUCCUCGAGCAGCACACCCCAGGACCACACCCGCCUUAUCCAUGGGAUUACUGGCCAAGAGAUGAUGGACGUUCAGAAUGCGGUUACGUUGGCCUAACAAAUUUGGGUGCAACGUGUUAUAUGGCAUCGUGUAUUCAACACUUGUACAUGAUGCCACAAGCACGAGAAGCUGUUCUUGUUGUUCCACCACAAGCAGCACAGAAACACGGUGCAACACUGCAUGAACUUCAAAGGAUGUUUGCGUAUCUUCUUGAGUCGGAAAGAAAAUCGUACAAUCCACGAUCGUUUUGUCGAGUGUAUCAAAUGGACCAUCAGCCCCUAAAUACGGGGGAGCAAAAAGACAUGGCUGAGUUUUUCAUUGAUCUCGUAUCCAAGCUGGAAGAGAUGACACCCGAACUGAAAGAUCUGGUCAAGAGGCUUUUCUGUGGAACGUUGAGUAACAAUGUUGUUUCACUGGAUUGUGGUCACGUCAGUCGUACAGCUGAAGAAUUCUAUACUGUUCGUUGUCAGGUUGCGGAUAUGAGGAAUCUGGGCGAAUCGUUGGAUGAGGUAACAGUCAAGGAUACCUUGGAGGGGGACAACAUGUACACAUGUUCACAAUGUGGCAAAAAGGUGCGUGCUGAGAAGCGUGCUUGUUUUAAAAAACUGCCUCAGAUUCUGUGCUUUAACACGAUGCGCUAUACAUUCAAUAUGGUAACCAUGCUCAAAGAGAAAGUGAAUACGCAUUUCUCGUUUCCAAUGCGAUUGGAUAUGUCGAAUUAUGUGGAAAAGACUCUUAUGCCUCAUCAGUAUUUAGAAGAUAGAAAGAAUAAAGCUACAGCAAAAAGUCAAGAGCAAAAUAAAAAGACAGACGGAGAUUCUGACAAGAAAGUUUCUCUUGAAGACGGUACCGAUGAAGAAGAGGAAACAAAUGAGUAUGAACUUGUUGGAGUGACGGUACAUACGGGAACAGCCGAUGGUGGCCAUUAUUAUAGUUUUAUCAAAGAAAGGAAUGAAAAUACUCAACAACACGAUCGGUGGUUCCUUUUUAAUGAUGCCGAAGUGAAGCCAUUUGACCCAUCACAGAUUGCUGCUGAAUGUUUUGGAGGUGAAAUGACUAGUAAAACGUACGAUUCUGUGACAGAAAAAUACUUAGAUUUCAGUUUUGAAAAAACCAAUUCAGCGUAUAUGUUAUUUUAUGAGCGACGUUCGCCAAACAAUCAAACAAUGUGGCAGCGUUCGAAAAUAUCCGAAAAUCCAUGUAGCUCACAAAAUAUUCUAAUGCAAAUGCAAUUGAAAAACGCAGAAGAAACAGCCAAAGCAUUAGAAUCUGUUGCGGCAUUACCAUCAACAUCUAACAUCAGCGAUCAGAAUCAAUCCGAAGUAAAUGAGACUGAAGAAAAUACCGCUAAUUUAAGUAGAAGUAAUAUUGAAAAUUCAACGAAAACCCAUAACAUAGGGGGGUUACCACAAGGAAAACCAUCAACACAACAAUGUGAUAUAGAAAAUAAGAACUGUAAUGGAGGAGCUGGAAAUAGUGUGAUAUCAAGAGUUUCAGAUGUGGGUCGAAAGUCUUUGCUUAGCAAAGAACUAGAAGACUGGAUCUGGCAAGACAACAGACACUUUUUACAAGAUAGAAAUAUAUUCGAGCAUACUUAUUUUAAUUUUAUGUGGCAAAUUUGCGGUCAUAUACCACAGACUCUUUUGAUGCAAAACGACGUCACUUGCAUGGCUGCCAAACUGUCGGUGUCAUUCUUUAUAGAAACUUUUAUUCAUGCUAAAGAAAAGCCAACAAUGGUGCUUUGGGUUGAAUUACUAACAAAACAAUUUAAUGCAAGCCAAGAGGCUUGCGAGUGGUUUCUUACGCAUAUGUCAAUAGAGCCAUGGUGGCCUGUGCAGGUGCUAAUACAAUGUCCAAACCAAAUGGUGCGUCAAAUGUUUCAACGUCUUGUGAUUCAUGUAAUUCAGCGAUUAAGAUCGUCACAUGCCAACUUGUAUCUUAAAACCGAGACCGAUGAAAACGGCAAAGAGAGUUACGGUACAUCAUCGUGCAUUACCCGAUUCAUAUCAUCACUAAUAUUAUUAAUGGAGCACGGGGCAAGAGCACAUCUUCGACAUCUCUCGGAGUUCUUCGGCUUGUUAUUUGAAUUUUCAAGAAUGGGUGACGAAGAAACUGUUUUUCUUCUACGCAUAAAUGUUAUACGCAGCGUAGCUGAUUUUUAUUUAGGAAAUAAAAGUCAAGAUUGCAUUGACGUGGGUUCAGAUAAUGAAGAUAACUCUUCAGAUGAAGCACUUUCUGUAGAUAAGUCUCGACCAGCUUCAUUGGAUAAAAUGAUAGCAUUGGUUGCUAAUUUAGUGGAGAGAUCACGUGGGCAAGAUUUUCGACUCCGUCUGUCUCAAAAGGACUACAAUGCGAUAGCUGGUGGAAAGGGAUUCCCAUUUUUGUAUCAACAAAUCAAGGAUAACAUUAACCCCCAUCAAACUAGACAUCUCAUUCAUGCGCUCUGUCGAUGGGAUGAUAGACUGGCAAAUCAGAUAAUCACAAUGCUCUUUGCAUCGGUCACCAAACAUACUGAACUAUGUGGUCCAUUUUUUAAGCUUUUAACCCUCUUAACGGAACCGCAGGGAGGACCGUCGGGUCUUCCUUGCUUCUCCCAACUCGUCUUACAGCGCGUUUGGGAUGCUGCCGAAUAUUGCCCACAAUCAGCUCUGGAUUGGUUAGCGUUUCAAGCCCCAAAGAAUAAAAUAGCUCAUGCAUGGAUACUCCAAUCUGCCGAAAGCUGGGUAGAGCAAUUUCUUUUGGCACAUAAUAACUCAAGAGUUCGAAACGCUGCAUCAUAUUUGCUUGUGUCGCUGAUACCAUCACCACCGUUCCGUGCUCACUAUAGAACAUAUUCAUUACAUAAAUUAAACAACACAACAAUAUCUUCAAGGGAUUUAAGCAGCGAUGCCCAAAUUAUUCUGCAUAACAUAAUCAGUUUACUGUUGCGAUUGUUGAGAGCUGCCCGUUCUUAUGCGGAUAUUGGAAUCCAUGGAACAACUAAGUUGACGUCAUAUUUCAGCCUCCUAACAUAUUGCAUGGUUUCGAAGACCGAGAAGCUUAUGCUUGGGCCAUACAUGCGAUCCCUGUGGGAUCUAUUUCAUCCGCGGCUUUCAGAGCCAAGUGUACCGGCUCAUCAUAAUAAGCAUUCUCUUUUGGCCUUCUGGCAUCAUACGAUUCUAGAUUGCCCAGAAAAUGCGCAAAUAGUUGCAAACUGUCCCGAAAUCACUAGAAACAUUGCAUUUAAUUAUAUUCUUGCGGAUCAUGACGAUUCUGAAAUAGUAGCCUACAACCGAGCCAUGUUGCCUGCAUACUACGGUCUCCUUCGUUUGUGCUGUCAACAAAGUAGAUCUUUAACACGCCAACUAGCUGCUCAUCAGAAUCUUCAAUGGGCUUUCAAGAACAUCACACCCCAUCCUACACAGUACCCUGGAGCGGUGGAUGAAUUGUUCAAAUUGAUGAAUUUGUUCUCAACACGACAUCCCGAUGCCACUGAACAAGAACAACAUGAAGUUUCUACAUUUAGAAGAACAACUCUUUCUGCGUACUUAACGGGCUUAGAUGCAAGAGUGUCCUGGGGAACUCUAAUCAACGCGCUAAGAAUAUUAGUUGACAAUGAUGAAGAUCGACUGCUUGUUAUAUACAAUGGUGGCAUUGAGAUGUGUUUCGAGGCACUGCACACUCUACAUUCCAUGCAUCAUGAAGCCACUGCUUGUCAUGUGUCUGGUGACUUGCAAGAGCUCCUUACCGAGCUUGUGUUGUUGGUAACUACCCUACGUAUAAGCACACGUCUCGAUAGUCCACCAAAAAAGCGCCAACAGCCAUUGGGACAACAUAAUCUGGUAAAGGGUUUGCCAGAGGCAGUCAAACGUCUGGCUACUUUCUUAAACACAUACAAUCCACAAGAGAUUUGCAACCUCUCAAUAGACGUCCUAAGGGAGCUAGUACGCAAUCCAAAUCUGGAUAUAACCAGUAUAUUGGCGCCCAUAUUUACCAACUGUCAUUUGUCAGCACAAAAUGCACCAAAUUCAGUUGGCCCAUUGGGUCCGUACUUUCCACGACGUGGCACAAAAGCCCCAUGGCCGUCGCUAUCGAAAAAUGCCCCUCGCCCACCACGACCAAUGGUCCAAAUGAGCAUACCACAGAAUGAGAUAAUUCAGCGUGGAGUUGAUAAGGAGUAUGAUGCUCGAUUGGACGCAUUCUACCGACCGUAUCAUGAUUUUCUCGAUGUAAUGAUGCGUAUGGCCGUGAAUACGAAUCAAUUAAAUGAUUCUCUGGUUAAGUUGAGUUGCUUGGCGGCCAUUGAGGCGGCACCAUUACAUUUUAACUUGUUUCCGAAAUUUUGGGUUGGAAUUUAUAAUAACAAAAGCACAAACAAGUAUGUUGAGCUGUUGAUAGUCAAUCCCAAUUUAGUUGAAUAUAUUCACAUUAUCCUGAGGGAUGAACGGAUAUCGUUGAACGAUCAAUAUGUUAGAAACUUUUUGGAAAUUUAUUAUCCUAAGAUCAAAACAAGUCUUCCAAUUUCCCGUCUAUUGUACACGAUUAGCUAUUCCUUGCAUGCAAAAGUUGAUCUAUAUGAGCUGUGUGGAGAUUUAUUUGCAAUUCGCGUCAUAGCACAAACCGCAGGUGUACCAGCAUCCGUCCGCAAACAACUAAGAGCGUCACUUAAGGCAGUGCUAUCGAAAAACUCAUGUGAUAUUUCAGAAAACGAUGAUGUGCGACCGAAGAAAAAACUUAAGCUCAAUCAACAGAACUCAAUGGAAGUUACUGAAGUUGAUGAAUCUGUAAAUACUGAUGUACAAGCUUCAGUUGUAGUUCUUCCAACGAAAAUGGAUGAGAAGACAGCACAAAAUGAAGAGUCUCCAGCCACAACCACACCACCUACCACCAACACCAAUACGAAUACGAACACCACCAGCAGUAGCAACAUUGCCGAAAACAGUACAACGCAAAAAAUAUCAGACUCAACGUCACUCGGUUCAUCGAAUACAACGGAAGAAGAGAAGCCUCUUGACGAGAGCAACGACGCUGACGACGAAGAAGAAGACGAUGAGGUAAAAGAAGUUCGAAAGCAAAAAGAAUUACUAAGGAAUUCGGUUGAGGAGAAAUUGGCAGAGGAGCGGCUGAAAGAGAAACAACUGUUGCACACCAUUGAAAAUUACAUUAAAUCCAUUCUCGAUCUUAUUCAAGACGAUCAAGAUAUGUCCGAGGAUGAUACAUCCCCCGACAAUACCCCACCGGCAACAACAUCAGCAACACAAAAUAUUGCUUCUUGUAGUAGCGCCGUCGCUGCUAAUAGCUCUGCGUCAAACCCCGAAGCGAAGCUAAACAGUGAAUAGGUCCAUAAGCUCUGCCCCUUCUCCUUCCUUCUACUCCCCUCUCCCCUCUUCCCACCAAUUAAUUUUUGUUAUGUUAUUAUAUCUGUUGAAACGUCUUGCAUAAUCUUAUCACAUGUCCCAGACAACAAAAAGAAACUUGUACUGUUACUAUAUUUUAUCUAUGUGUUUUAUUAUUAUUACCUAUUUUUUUUUAUUAUUAUUAUUUUAAUUUUAUGACUUUGAUUCUUCUGAACAUUUUAUGCUCUCGGCUAUCGGCUAAUACAUAACGUUAAGAGAAAAAUGUAUUAUAUUGGUUAAAUUAUUUAUUCAUUAAAAAAUUCACAUUUAAAAAAAAACUCCUUUGAUAGAAUGUUAGGAAUUCGUUUAGUAAUGACGUGUUUGUUAAAAAGAUACAUAUAUAGUUAUUAUAAUAAAUAUUUUUAUUUUUUAUCAUUUCUCUUUAAAUCACCCCGUUCUAUAGAUUUAUAAGCGAAUAUAAGCGAAUGCCGGAAAAAGAGAGAAAGAAAACAAAAACAAAAAAAUAGUGUGUACGAUUUGUAAUUAUUUUAUUCUUUACCAUUUUUAUAUAAAUACACCGUUUUUUUUUAUAAGAGAAAUAAUAGAGAGUGAAAUUUUUAACUCAAGUGCUUUGGCAAGUAAGAACUAAAUAAAAAUAUAAAAAUAUUAAUAUUAAAGCAAAAAGAAAACAAAAA